UUUAAAGUCCUUUUAAUUUUAUUGGAUACGUAUAUGUAUGGUAAAAUAUCCAAAUACAGUUUUCCAUUAUGAACAAUAAUAGCUUUGAAUUUUCACGCCAAUAGUAUCUGCCAAGGUAGUUUUGAAUUCUAAUUCUAACAUCCAAAGUGCUUGUAACCCUCCCAGUUUGGUGUCAGCUGCAAAUUUUAUAAGCAUAUUCACCACUUUUGUUAUCCAAAUUAUUAAUGGAAAUAUUGAAUAGUACUGGUCCCGGACUGACCCCUGUGGGACCCCACUAGAUACACCCUCCCAAUUUGAUAACUACUCUUUAAGUACAUUCUUUCAGCCAGUUGGGAACCCACCUUAUAUUAAUUUCAUCUAGACUGCAUUUCCCUAGCUUGCUUGUUAGAAUGUUGUGGGACUAUGUUCUAAAGCCUUUCUAAAAUCAAAGGGCAUAUGUGCUGCUAUCCCUAGCAGCAAAAAGCAAAGUGGCAUUGCCACUCUUGCUAGGCUCCAGAUUUGACAGACUGUUUUCUUUUGUUCAAAGUUCAACUUUUAAAUGCUUCUGGGGUUUUUUUUUUUCCCCUUUAAAAAAAAUUCAGUGCCUGUAAUCCUGCACAUAUGAGCAAUUGUAUGAGUUAAAAAAUCCUAGUGUAUAUAAACAUGAAUAACUAUACAUCACGGUUAUAUGUUACAUACCUGCACACAUCAAUCAGCAGAUUUCAGUUUUCAGUGAAUUUUUAUGAACAAUGGAGUGUUCUUUAAUGUCCCUUUACUUUGAACUUCCUUGCUUUUAUUAGCUCCUGUCAGACCCUUAAGGACUUUGUCCUCUGAAUAUAAUAUAUGCUAAGUACUUCAACAGCGGAGACAUUAAAUGAAGGCACAAAAAUCUAGUUUGUGCCCCCCCCCCCCCUUUAGUCUAAAAGCGACAGCACGCAUGCAUCAUUAAGUGACUGGGCUGGGCAAUGAGAGCGAGUCUCUUCUCUGUGCAUUACGGUACAAGGGUUGGCCCUCAUCUGGUCCACCUGCCACUGGGGUUUAAAGUUUCAGCCCAUCGGGAAAUACAGUGACUUGGAUCAAACUGCCUGGAGGGGAAGCCUGAUUUCAUCAGGGAAGUGGCUAACCUGUAGCUAUAUUGGGAGGCCGUGGACAGACAGCUCCGUAAGGCGCGCACAUGACGGGCUGUAAGCUGCUCAGGGUGUAUCCUAGAAGCCCAAGACACUAAGGGAGCAGCAGACCCAUGGACUCCAUGGGGGGAGAGAAACCAGCCAGCCUAGGAGCCUGCUGCCCGUGGACUUGACUCCUUCCAGAAGCAGAUUGCACAGCCCGGCGCAAUUCACCAGCUAGAGCAACCAGCAAAAGCAGGAAGGGGCAGCCUCUCGGCCGGGCAAAGAGUCUUUUUGCUUCCGCGGUGUCUUGCUUUGCCGCCGGUGAGAGCGUGCGCGCCCGGGGGGAAAGGGGAGGGAGAGAGCCAGAAGGGGUUUGCCAAUCAAACAAUGCCGCUGGCGAGCAGCUACUCCUCAUGUCUCCCGCGGGCCACCUGCCCGGCUUGGCCGCCCCUCUCGGCGCUGCUGCGCUGGAUCCCGGAGCCGCGGCUGACAUGGAGAGGUUGGUGAGCCCGGGCCACGGCGGCUAGCGCGGGCUCGUCGGCUGCGCCUCGCACCGCCCUCCGUCCGGAAAGCCUUGCCGCGCGCCAGCCAUGGAAGAGGGUCCCCCGCCAGACCUGCGAGACAUCGAGCUGAAGCUGGGGCGCAAAGUGCCCGAGAGCCUGGCGCGCUCCCUGCGCGGGGAGGAGCCCGCUGCCCGGGACCGGAGCGGCGGAGGGGGCAGCGGCUUGUGCCCGGCUUCAGCCCCGGGGGCCUCCCGGCUCAGCAGCGGCGCCGCUGCCCUGGCGAGGCUGGAGACCAAACUUCACCUCCUCAAGCAGGAGAUGGUUAAUCUCCGAGCCACUGACGUCAGACUCAUGCGCCAGCUGCUCAUCAUCAACGAAAGCAUCGAAUCAAUAAAGUGGGUGAUUGAAGAGAAGGGAGCCAUCAUCAGCAGAGGUAGUAGUCUGAGUGGCAGCCUUUGUAGCUUGCUGGAAAGUCAGGAGACCUCCCUUCAAGGCAGCUAUAACAGUUUACAAGAUUGUAGUGAUGGACUGGAUGGAAUAUCAGUGGGGAGUUACCUGGACACUUUGGUGGAUGAUGUCCCAGGUCACCACACCCCUUCAGAUAUGGAACAGUUCACUGAUACUUCUAUUCUAGAGGACUCACAGACCCUGCACAAGCAUCCCAAAAUUGAGUCUGAUGAAUACUACUGUUUUGGUUAAUAAAAAGAAGUUCCAGAGGGACAUGUGUGCACUUGUAUUUAUCUUCCUUCUUUGCUGCUAUUUUAUUUUGUGUGCAAAAAAAAAAUCCUUUUUAAAAAGAAAAUUUACUUUAGAAUUUUGCUGUUGCUUCUAACUUUUCUCAUUCUGGGUAGUUUGUUAGCUUUUUUUCCUUUUCUUUAUCUUAAUUUAUUGCUGUGGGUUUGGGUUUUGUUUUAUAAUCCCAUAUUUACAACUUUAAAAAAGAUGAAGGAAAUAAGCUUUUAUCUUCAAAACAAGACAUCAGGAAUUGAAAGUACCAGUUUAUAUUUGUUUGACAAUAAAACACCUACUCAUACCUGUAGUUUGUAGUUAAUCUUCUUGAGGAACUAAUAGUCUUGAUUUCCAAAAGGCAAUAUCUUAACUGAAGGAGUUUGCGGUUUCUGGUCCUCUAGUCUUUGGCCUUGAACCUGCUAACACCUAUGCAAGAGAUUAACUUUACUCAGGUGAGGAGCCACAUUUCACUAUGUCAUAGGGUGCAUGUUUCUUCUGAUAAGGACUGGGACUAGUCCCCUGAGACAAGGUAGCUGCCUCUCAGUGGGGCCAGUGUUGCUCAGUUGAGUACCCCUGGGACGAAUUCUGUUGGACCUAUCAGUCUCAGCUGGUGUAUGGCUAGGAGUAUUUUGUAUGACGCGGCACUCAGGAAAAUAAAUGAGGCUCUUUGCAGGCUCUCCUUGGGGUCUGAGAGGCACAACUGCCUGGAGUAGAAGUUUAGGUGGGGUGGCUGGAAUUUGUAGCCAGAAUCUCCUGGAGAAGAUAGAAGCCAAACUGAGGUGGGUUAUAAUUGUUUGGCAUGAGUUUAACCUUGGAAUGAGAAGGACUGUUUAAGCUCCUCAUUUGCCAGGGGACUCCAGGGAGGUGGGAAUCCAAUUGUCCAGCAUAAGGAAUAGGGGUGGCACGAGGUUUUUAGGAGUCCAUAUGAACAACCAGUUGUACCUUACAGAACUUUCACUAAGACUAUCGUUUGGGGUGAGACUGUGAGCCUGUAAACUAAUAAAGAAGCCCCAACUGGGGACUUUCCCCUCAAAAAACUGGUUUCUCUAGGGAUUUGUGAAACCUGAGUCCAUACAUGCUGUAGAGGGACAUUAGGAGUCCUCGAACCUUUUAGCAUAGAGUAGAACUUUCUACAUGAGUAAAGCUAAACAUGUGCAUAAGGGUGUUCAAUAUUGAUGUUUUAUUUACAGCAGAGAUAUCUAAAUAAGUUACCAGGAUGAGAAACUUUCCUGUUUAUCAGCCCAUGACUGCCUAAUAAAAUGGCAAUGGAUAAUUCCUGGGAUAAAGUUUAAUGCUGCCAGUGCAUUGUAAUCCACAAAAAUCAUGCUGGAACUAGUGGGCAUCUGAAGUUGCCCCCAAACAUCCAUUUGCAGGAGACUCCCAUGCUAUAGAUGCCACUGGUUUGUUUCCAGCAGGACUAUUAGUAACCCUUUGAGGAAUAUAGAGGACUGAAUUAACUCUUCUGAUACAUCCUCAGACAGUAGACUUUUUAUGUGUAGGGGGAUAUGGCUGGAGAAACCCCUGAAGGAGUCCUAACCUUCUUCAGGCCUUGUUCUGUGUUCUCCUACUGUCAGUUCAUGGAUGCCCCAAAAUGGCCAAAAAUGCACCCUUAACACUAACACAAGUGACCCAAUUUAGAGAGAGUGAAAAUCUUCAGAAAAUACACUGGAAUUUACAUGCAUUUCCAUAAUGUAAAUAGGCCAUUCCACCGUGGGUUUUUGUAGGAUCCCACAGCAAGCAUAUUUGGGGUGGGUAAGUAUUAGGAUGAAAGACCUCCAAAGAAAACUUAAAUGUUUGAGGAAAUGGUAUUGAUGAGUCAGUAUGUGGUUCUUUCACUUUGAGACAACACUAAACUGGUACCACAGUUAAAAGAUGCUGUGAUGUUGGAAGUUCCAUUUUUUAGAUGAAGUGUAAGCGUUAAAUCCUCAGUUGGUGACGUCAAUGGUGCAUACAUGUUUAAACCUGCUGAAAAAUGUUCCCCUUAUAUGUAAAACUAGUAGCUGAAAGCCCAUGCGGUCUCACAGGUGCAAUUCAUAAAAUCGUGUGUGUUUUGUUUUUUUAAAGGCCAAAAAUGGUUGAGGACUUAAAAAUUAGAUAGCAACAGACCACAAAUCCAUGAUGAUUGAAUCUGAUACUCCAAAGAAAAAAACCUCUCCAUUAUGCUUGUAGCUAUUUCUAUCACUUUACGCUCACUCAACAGAUAUUCUAGACUUCCAACAUAAUGUUUGGGUUUAGCCUUUAUUCAGACAAACUCACAUUGCCUUCAAUAAAACAGUAUCUAUUGGGGUAUCUGGACUGUUUGCCUUUCUUACAGCUUUAGUCUAUAGGGGCCUGGGUACUAGCUUGCUUUCGGAGGGGGACUAUUCUCUAGUAUUUUGUCUGUCUCCCUUGCUUUCUAUGGAAUACAUACACUGCAAUACAAUUUGCUGCAGAGUUCUAAAUUAACUGUCUCAACUCAGGAAAAACUCAGGUAGGCAUCGUUGCCAGAGCAGGGAAGAGAGUGUCGACACAUAUUUACACACUUAAAUAUGGAUGCAGGAGCCUAACUUUAGGCAUCCAUUUUUUAAAACUCUUGGACUAUGUAAUUCAAUUGCUAUGAAAUAUAGCAAUUGCACUACUCGAUGAUGCCCAAAGGUCUAUCUAAUAUACCUAUCGCUCACAGUGGCCAAUCCCAUCCAGAGUAGGCAGUUGAGAUAAGCAACCCUCUCCUAACCCUGAUUAGUUAGUUUGCUCUGAAGCUUGAGAACUUAGAUCCUUUCCCAAACUCUUGUUUAUUUUUUCAAUAUUUACUAUUAUAAUUCUGUUUAUUCUUAUUAUCCUUGUCCAGUCCUUUUUUAAUUCUUGCUAAGGCCUUGGCCUCAGUGAUAUCUUACGGGUUCCACAGGCUAAUUGUGUUGGGUGGAGAAAAAAUUUCCUUUUUAACAAUUUUAACAAUUUAACAACCUAAAAUCAACCUUUUUUAAUGCCUAGAAAAUUAUUUUCCCUGAACUCAUAGGCAUUUAGUGAAUUCUGGUGACACAUUUACAAUCUGUGACUUGUUCUAAAAUGGCCAUACUGGGUCAGACCAAAGGUCCAUCUAUCCUAGUAUCCUGUCUUCUGUCAGUGGCCAAUGCCAGGUGCCCCAGAGGGAAUCCACCGAAAGGUAGUCAUCAAGUGAUCCAUCCCCUGUCGCCCAUUUCCAGCUUCUGGCAAACAUGCUAGGGAUAACAACAAGGAGUCCUUGUGGCGCCUUAGAGACUAAUACAUUUAUUUGGACAUAAGCUUUCGUGGGCUAGACCCCACUUCAUCGGAUUCAUGGAGUGGAAAAUACAGGAGCAGGUAUAAAUCCAUGAAAAGAUGGGAGUUGCCUUACCAAGCGUGAGGUCAGUCUAACAAGACAAUUCAAUUAACAGUAGGAUACAAUCCCUCCCCAUCCUGGCAAAUAGUCAUUGAUGGACCUAUCCCCCAUGAAUUUAUGUAGCCCUUUUUUUGAACCCUGUUAUAGUCUUGGCCUUCACAACAUCCUCUGGUGAAGAGUUCCACAGGUUGACUGUGUGUUGUACGAAGAAAUACUUUUAUUUGUUUCAAACCUGCUGCCUAUCAAUUACAUUUGAUGACCCCUAGUUCUUGUGUUAUGAGAAGGAGUAAAUAACACUUCCUUAUUUCCAUUCUCCACACCAGUCAUGAUUUUAUAGACCUCUAUCAUAUCCCCUUAGUCAUCUCUUUUCCAAGCUGAAAAGUACCAGUCUUAUUCAUCUCUCCUCAUACAGAAGCUGUUCCAUACUCAUAAUCAUUUUUGUUGCCCUUUUCCGAACCUUUUCCAAUUACAAUAUAACUUUUUUGAGAUGGGAUGACCACUUCUGCAUGCAAUAUUCAAGAUGUGGGCAUACCAUGAAUUUAUGUAGCGGCAAUAUGAUAUUUUCUGUCUUAUUUUCUAUCCCUUUCUUAAUGAUUCCCAACAUUCUGCUGGCUUUUUUGACUCCUGUUACAAAUAGAGAGGAUGUUUUCACAGAACUAUCUACAAUGACUCCAAAGUCUCUUUCUUGAGUGGCAACAGCUAAUUUAGAUCCCAUUUUGUAUGUAUAGCUGGGAUUAGGUUUUCCAAUGUGUAUUACUUUGCAUGUAUCAACACUGAAUUUCAUCUGCCAUUUUUUUGCCCUGUCACUCAGUUUUGUGAAGUCCCUUUGUAAUUCUUCACACUCUGUCUUGAGUAAUUCUGUGCUGUGUGCAAAUUUGCCACCUCACCAUUCACCCCUUUUUCCAAAUCAUUUAUGAAUAUUGUGGAUAGGACUGGUCCCUGUACAAACUCCUUGGGGACACCACUAUUUAUCUCUCUCCAUUCUGAAAACUGACGAUUUAUUCCUACCCUUUGUUUCCUAUCUUUUAAUCAAUUACCAAUCUAUGAGAGGACCUUCCCUCUUAUCACUUGACAGCUUAUUUUGCUUAAGAGCCUUUGGUGAGGGACCUUGUCAAAGGCUUUCUGAAAAUCUAAUUACACUGUAUCUACUGGAUCUCCCUUGUCCACAUUUGUUGACUCCCUCAAUUAAUUCUAGUAGAUUGGUGAGGCAUGAUUUCCCCACUCCUGCCCCUCCCCAACUCCAGCCCCUCCCUGCUCCCAUUCCAACUCCUUCCCCAAAUCCCCUCCCUGGCCCAGCCUCUUCCCCGCCUCCUUCCCUUAGCAUACCACAUUCCCGCUUCUCCCCCUCCCUCCCAGCAUGCUGCCAAACAGCUGUUUGGCAGUGUCUGGGCGGGAAAUGCUGGGAGGUAGGUGGAGGAGUGGGGAUGCAGCACGCUUGGGUGUGGGGAGAGCUUUGCUGCCAGUGGGUGCAGAGCACCCACUAAUUUUCCCCAUGGUGCUCCAGCCCCGGAGCACCCACAGAGUCAAUGCCUAUGGUUUGUAUGGCUCCCAGGUGCAAUAUGACCAGGUCAAGGCCCCUCUCCAGCCACUCCUCCAUAAUUGAGGUUCCAUUUCAGCAUUUAGCUGUGGAUAUUCUAGGUCCCUUCCCUAAGAAGACACCCAGAGGUUGUACAUACUGACUUGCGUAGCCACAAGACCAGGGCCAGCACCACCUCUGGCCGCAAUUUUCAUAAAGAUGUGUUCAGCUAUUGAAGAUCUAAUCCUCCCAGAAGAAAUGUAACAUUUUCAUGGACUCUCAUUGGGCUGGCACUGACUGUGGCCGCAAGUUUCAUAAAGAUGUGUUCACCUAUUGAGGGUCUAAUCCUCCCAGAAGAAAUGUAACAUUUUUAUGGUGUGACGUUCUGUACCUUGUGGGAACACCCUAGACCCCCAUGUUCAUCCUUAUAAUAUGACUGUGUGGUAUCUAAUGCAAAGUUUGUUGUGUCGGAUGUCUUUGGAAGGCUCAUGAUGUACUUAGCAUUGUGGUCAUUGAUGUUAUAGUAAUUGUUGUUACAGCAAUGUUAUAGGUUAUAAUUUCAUGUAUAUAGUUGUGAGGCUGAAAAUAUGUUUUCAUGGCUUAAAAUAAACCCAAGCAAAAACUCUCUAAGACCAGAGAGGCAGUUCACACAUCAUCAGGGCAUGUAUGGGACAAACCCAGCCCACCCUCACAGAAACAAGGGACGCUGGCCUAGGCAGCAACAAAAGAAUCUGUUGGACUCUCGAGUGAGUCACCCCCCCACCCUUCCUUUGGACAGUUUGGGACUGUGAUGAGGUAAUGCUCACCUGACUCUGAAGUGGGGCCAGGAGACAAAGCCAAGAGGGAAGAAAGAACAUGAAAAAAGGGAGAGACGUUUGCCAUGCUCUUCCUCUCUCUUCCAGCUACAUCUACAGACAUCAUCACACCAAGCGACUGAAGUGCUGAUAAAAGAGGAGAGUCUGGCUGAAGAGUUACCCUCCCAGAAGAAAUGUAACAGGGCCGGUGCCAACUCUGGCCACAAGUUUCAUAAAGACGUGUUCAGCUAUUGAGGAUCUAAUCCUCCCAGAAGAAAUGUAACAUUUUCACGGACUCUCAUUGUGAUUGUGAUACAUUUUCACCAAUAGUAUACACAACUCCAUUGGUGAAAUUCUGUUUAACUAAUAUGGAAGUAUAAUUAGUCCAAAUAAUAAGGGCCAAAUUAUGGUAAUCUUUGCUUGUGGGGUACUGCACAGUAAGGCAGGGAGAGCUUGUAUUUAACAAACUACUUGUAUUUAAACAUAGUGGAACACAGUAACCAGGGUCUGCAAUUAUGGUCUGCAGUUCCAGCUCUCAAGAGGCCAGAUGACCUCUGUCUCUGCAGUUACACCUUCAUCCUUAUGUAACAAUAGCAGCUCCACAAAGCAUGGGUAUUUCUAGUGGUGAAUGGGGUGGAAACAACCCCUUCUCCAUAGUUUCUGUAGAGAGAGCAGCCAUAAUAUGUCUGCUUACACUAACUGAGGCUUGGCCUACACUAAAAAUAUAGGUCAACAUAACUAUGGCACUGAGGUACGAAAGAGCUAUAUCCCUGAGCACUGUAGCUAUGCCACCUUAACCCCCAGUGUAGCUGCAAGGUCAAUAGAAGAAUGCUUCUGUUCACCUAGCUACCAUUGCUCAGAGAUGGUGUUCCUACAGCUAUGGAAAAAAACCCAAACCUUCCACUGCCAUUGUCUGUCUACAGUACACACAGCAGCAUAGCUACAACAUUAUAACUAUGCUGCUGUAGUGCCCAUAGUGUAGAUGUGGCCUGAGUGCAAGGAAGGUUCAGCCCCACAAAGGGGUCAUAUGUGUCUGGUGGGCGAAGAGCAUGACCAUAGACACACCCCUUAUAUGCACACGCUGUGGUGGUGGGGUGGGGUGUAUGUAGGCCCGCACCAAGGAAAGCAUAUAUUGUUGGUCUGUAGAUGCAGCAAUUGCCACUUGAGGGGCACUGUGAGAGUAUGCUCCCAAGACUAGGAAUGCCUUUAGCCUCCACCACUCAGGCAGUGCAGCUCCCCCUCCCACUCUUAGAGCAAUAACUGAGUCCCAUAUGUGUGUAUUUGUUAUCACAUUACAUUGGCCAAGAAUCAUCACUUUAUUUGUACAUGCUACAUUGUGACUGUAAGAUCAUAUUUCCUUUU